GCCGCCCCCACCCCCACCCCCGCCCGCCGCCCAGAAGAUGGCGAGCCCGUGCGGGCGGCAGCAGUGCUCCAUCGAGAGGCGCGGCGUUCGCCACCAGCUCGAUUCGUGGCGACACAAGCUCAUUCACUGUGUAGGGUUUGAAAGUAUUCUAGAAGGCCUGUUUGGACCUGGAUUAUUAAAAGAUCUCAGUUUGUUUAAAGACUGUGAGCCUGAAGGUGUUUCUGAUUGGUCUUUUGAUGAAAAUUGUCUUUUCUGCUGCCUGAGAAGAGAAAAAGUGAAGGAACACUUAGUCAGUCUGGAUGAGCCAGCCUCGGAAGCUGGACAAGAAGCUCUGCUUAGACAAGAGCAAGCAAAAAUCAUUCGUUUUGAAAGGCAAGCGGAAGAAUUCCUCAAUGCAGUCUUUUACAGAAAAGACAGUCCUAGGGUCUCUGACCCUAAUAUUCCCCUAGUGGCCCGUGAGAUCAUGCAGCGAAUGAUCCGACAGUUUGCUGCUGAAUAUACCUCAAAAAAUAGCUCUACUCAGGACUCCAGCCAGCCCAAUAGCACAAAGAACCAAAGCCUGCUGAAAGCAUCUCUGGUCGCCUCCUCUCCCACGGCUGCAACUGCUCAGAACCCUGUGCUCAGCAAACUUCUCAUGGCUGACCAAGACUCACCUCUGGACCUUACUGUCAGAAAGUCUCAGUCAGAACCUAGUGAACAAGACGGUGUGCUUGAUUUAUCCACCAAGAAGAGUCCUUGUGCCGGCAGCACCUCUCUGAGUCAUUCUCCAGGGUGCUCCAGUACUCCCGGAAAUGGGCGACCUGGGAGACCCAGCCAGCACCAUCCGGAGGGACUACAGAGUGGUGAUGGGGUACCUCCAAGAAGCUUGCAGGAUGGAACCAGGGAAGGUUAUGGCCACUCCACAUCUCUUAAAGUACCGCUGGCUCGAUCACUCCAGAUUAGUGAAGAACUGCUGAGCAGAAACCAGUUUUCUACAGCUGCCAGCCAUGGGCCUUCUGGACUACAGAAUCAUGGACAGCACUUAAUAUUAUCCAGGGAGGCUUCUUGGGCAAAACCACACUACGAAUUCAAUUUCAGCCGCAUGAAAUUCAGGGGAAAUGGUGCACUCAGCAACAUCAGUGACCUUCCUUUUCUUACAGAAAACUCUGCCUUUCAAAAAAUGGCACUUCAAACUAAACAGGAUGGGAAAAAGGACGUGAGCCAUUCGUCUCCUGUGGAUUUAAAGAUACCACAAGUUCGAGGCAUGGACCUUUCAUGGGAGUCCCGCACUGGUGACCAGUACAGCUAUAGCUCUUUGGUAAUGGGUUCACAAACGGAGAGCGCACUUAGCAAAAAGUUAAGGGCUAUCCUUCCAAAACAAAACAGGAGAAGUUUGCUGGAUGCUGGACCAGAUUCCUGGGGCUCAGAUGCUGAGCAGUCUACCUCUGGACAGCCAUAUCCCACCUCAGAUCAAGAGGGAGAUCCUGGCUCCAAGCAACCUAGGAAGAAAAGAGGGAGAUACAGACAGUACAACAGCGAGAUACUAGAGGAAGCAAUUUCUGUGGUUAUGAGCGGGAAAAUGAGUGUUUCCAAAGCUCAGAGUAUUUAUGGGAUCCCCCACAGUACACUGGAGUACAAAGUUAAAGAGAGGCUGGGCACUUUGAAAAACCCUCCAAAGAAAAAAAUGAAAUUAAUGAGGUCGGAGGGGCAGGAUGUUUCAGUAAAGAUUGAAUUAGAUCCCCAGGGAGAAGCAGCACAAAGUGCGAAUGAAUUGAAAGACGAGUAGGGAUGUUGUAGAGUGCCAAUUACUUUGCAAACUGGGUGAGCACUACUGCAUAGUUCAACCACCACUGAGCGCACCUGAUUCUCCUAUUUACUGCAAUGCUCUUUCCUUUGCAGUUUAGCAUAGACUUGUGUGGACACAGGCGAAAGGUGUGCUCUGAAUGUCACAUUUGUAAAUUUUUCUAGCCUGGUAUGGUGCAGUUUCCCUCCUUCGUCACUACUCCCCCUUCUUUUUUUUUUCUCUCUUUCUUUUUUUCUUUUGCCUUUUGCAUGUUUCUCUGUAAUAGAGAGUUGAGUUACCUCACAAAGAAUGCAGAUCUGUGGAAGUGGACAUCUUGCCUGUAGAGCUUGCCUGAACUUCUGGUGUUGGAUUUUUCAUGUCUGCCUUUAUAGAAAUAAGUCCACUUUUUUAAACUGAUACUCUCCUAAAAACAGGCAUUUUUCAAAUGAGAAUCAGACUGUCAUUCUUCAAAAUGUUUCAGAAAUCUUUUUUCCCCCUCCUUUUCUUUGAUCCAGUUGAUUAAAAGAUUUAAGCUAAAUCAAGUUACUUAAAAAUGGUACCUCUCUUGAACUCAGAGAUUUGUUUAUUAGAUGGAUAAUCAAUUGGGUCUAAUUAGGCUCUCCACUGUUUUCUUUCUAAAUUAAACAUACUUACCAUUCACUGUCUGCUUAGUGCUCACCCGGAGGGGAGGGGCGGGGAGGGAAAACUUACAUACACUACCUUCAGAAUAUGUCAGUUAAUUAUUUGUAACACUACCUUCGCUGUAAUUUUGUUUGAUAUUUUUGAAGGGUGAUAUUUAGACUCACCUGCUUGAGGAUGUAGCCUUAUCUCACGGAAGACAAGCUUCUCACAGUCAGGAGCAGUCAGGGUACACUAAAUGAUGUAUUAGGGUAUGCCUCAUUAUAACAGAACUAUGGUUCUUUGUGACCUUUAUGCUUUUUACAGACUUGAUUCUGAGUUUACUAAACUAAGUGGUUCCAACAACUAGUUUAAAUGACUCUAAUCUGGGGGAGGGGGAUUUAUGUAACAAACUACUGUGAUACUGCAAAAAAAAAAAAAAAAAAAAAGAAAAAGGAAAAAAAAAAAAAGGAAAAAAAAAAGCCCACAAAACAGUGAUCUCAAACGUUACAACCUCAGUAGUCUGCCCAAAUAUCCACAUUAGUGAAGGAGCUUGUUAAUGUUCAGGGAAGAAGUAAAACACUGGUAGCCUGAUCUAAUUCAGGCUCUGCAUCAUAUCUAUCUGUAAUACUGUCAGGGUCGAACACUCAAUGAAUGGGUGUUUCCUUUUUAAAUAUUACAGUUGCCAGUAGCAGGAAUUAAUCUAAGUCCUGCUUUUUUGUUGUUGUUUUUAUUUAAUCUAUUUUGAUAGUGGUUUAGCACAUGCUGGAAUAAGCAUUUAAACACCGUAAAAGCACUCCAUAAACCACACAUCCAGUUUUGGUUUUUUGUUUUUGGUUUGUUUUGGUUUGUUUUUUUUGGUUUUUGGGGUUUUUUUAAUGAUGAUAUCGUUAUCAUUAUAUGGAGAUCCAGGAUAAAUUUUGUACAGAACUUUUAUCUUUAAUACUUUCUGCAGGAGUGGUCAGUAACUAGGUGGAGCUUACUGGAUUUACCACAGUAUGACCAAAUCAGAAUUGCUGAUUCUUCAGGUAGAAACAAUUUGGUCUUAAUCUGUGCAAAAGGUAGAUAGAAUUACCAUUUUUUUUUCCCAUUUGCACAACAAAAUGAAGCAUUGGAGUUUUUGUGUGAGAGCAUUAAGUGAUGUCAGUGAUUGAAAGUAGUUUCUCAAAGUUCAUGGGAGGGUGGCCUAGAUAUCCCUAGGGAUGCUGAAUGAUUUCUGGAACAGUUGAUUCUAUUAGCCUCUCCCCCUCCCCAGCAACUUCAUAUUUUCAAAGGUUAGGCACACCAUUGCUGUCAUUUUAAAUAUGCACUGCUCAUUCUUGAAACGGACUGGGCAUUUGGCCCCAAGUAUACUUUGGUUUUGUUUACUUAAUAUAUUGUAGUACUCAGAAUCCUGGUUCCUCGUAGCUCUCUAGUUGUCAUCUUGGCAUUUAAGCAGUUUAAGCUCAGUAGCAGUAUAUAAACUCUGCAAUACAUUCCAGUUUAGCUGGUGAUUGCAAUAAAGGCGCAGUUAAACGUGUGGUUUCAUCUGCUGUUGGAGGUUAUGGUAGAAAGUUUGCUGCAAGUUUGAAAAAAAAAAAAAGUAACACAGUUUUACUGUUUAGAGAGGUUUAACCUUUUGCAGUUGUCUUUAUUUAAGCAACAUGAGUUGAGUUUUAUAAAACUUGUCACUGUAGUGUAUGUGGGGUGCUCAUUUUACUAACCUAAAUAUUUUGUAUGUGUAUGUUUAAGUGGGUGACAAUCGUGCAGCAGAAGAAUGGUGUGCCUACCCUUUAAUGCUGCAGUUUUAAAAGAGAAUUUGUCUUGUCAUUUCAGACUGUAGGCUAAGAAUUGUAAAUAGAUAGUGAGAAGUUGAGUACUCUUUAUUUGCUUUGGUUAGAAAGUGGAUUAAAAAAAAAAAAAAAAAAAAAAAAACAACAACAAACCAAACGUGUAACUUUCUCAGUUGAAAUGUCCUGAGACCUGAAGAUUGUAAUACUCAUGUCUGCAAAGCUUUUAAACACAACACUUGAUCUGUGAUAACUUAAUAUUCAGGUAAUCUUUCUUUUUCGAGAAGCUUUUGAACAACCAUAUUUCCUCCAAAGGUCUCUGUUUAAAAAGGAAAAAAAAUAAAAAAGUGUAGAUUAUUUUUUAAGCACUAAUUGCAUUACAUUGGUAACUGCAAUAUGAAAUAGCCAUUAUUGUUUUGUGAAGCAUGGUUGAGAUUAGUUAGUGGUCCCUUUUUAAAAUUUCAUGAGCCUCUCAAAAAAUAAAAACAAAUUUAAAAAAAAGCUGCUGAAUAUUCAAAAGAUAUAUAUUUUACCUUAUUGUAGGUUUUGUAAAUUUAGUCUGUAAUAUUCAGGUGCACCUUUUAAUGUUACCUUUUUGUUUCAAAGUCCCAUCUAAUGUAUUUUCUCUGAGGUGAUUCAUCACAUAAGACUAGUAUCACUCUAAGUGCUGCAGUGAUCACUAAUGUUUUGUUUCAUUUUUCACUACAUAUUUUUUACAGGCGCUUUUCAGUGUAGCUAACUAGUAGUAUUUGAGAUCAUUUUAAAUAUAUGAUUGAAAUUAAUGUUUGUCCAUUAGCAUGCUUAAUUUUCUGCUGACCAGCAGUUUGCAUGGCCAAAACCCCUGGUUGACCAUAUUUUGGUGUGGGAAGGUGUGGUUCACUGCUGUCUUUGUAACAAAAGCUUUGUUUCUCACGUUAUUUCUGGUAAGUGGAUGCUUAUGUUACUUGGAUCACUUGGACAGGAGAGAAGAUUUAAAAUCUUUCUCCUGCUACUCUUUUGAGAUCGCAUUAACGUGUAACAUAGACAAACUGCAACCCUGUAAAAAUCGAGAUGUCGUUAGGAGGAGGCCUUUCGGGUAUUUUUUGUCACUAGUUUUCUCUUAUUCCCGAGAAUGUCCAUCAGAUGUAGUUAUUGGACUUAACAGUAUUGUUGUGUACUACGUUGAUGUAGCUGAAAAAGCCUGACAGCAAGAAACUGUGAAUAAUAUUUGUGGCAGUCUCUGAAAACUAGUUUUUCAGUCCAAGUAUCAUGAAGGAGAAUCCCUCUCCCCUACCCCAUCCUAGAAAAGUAAUUUUAUAUUUUGUGUGUAUAAAGUUUUAAGAAUCAAGUUUCAUAUUGUACUGAAGUUUAGGUGUCGCUUGGUAAAUCUUUGCUGCAGCAUAUAAUUGAAGAUGAGUAAGGCUUAGUGUGGUAGGGGUCCUGGUGUGGAGUUAAUUAUCGUACAGUUCUGGUGAGAAAGCCCAACAUGUAUGAAAUGUGUCCUUUUUUUUAUUUGGACUUGUAAGAUGUAAAAGUGCUUUUUUAGAACUCUGACCUAUUACAAACUAUUACCUCACUUUCAGCCAGCUGGAUCCUCAUUCCACAGUGUUGUAGGCAUUAUUGUGGCCGUAAUGCUUGAGUACAGCUAUAGAGUUGAACGUUUCCAGUUAGAUAUUGUAAGGACACGUUUCUGGACUCUUUUUUAUUUCUGUCAAAAGAUAUUUUAUUUUCCAGUCGUUCCCUGAUUAUUUUUUUUUUUUUAAGCUUAAGACAGUUUCCUUUAGAAUUUAUCUGUUGCACAGGAGAAGUUGCUGCAUAAGCAAUACAGGUAUGCCUUUACUUUCUUCCUGUUGGAGAACUCAUAAUUCGAUGCUUGCAUUACCAACCCUAUUGCUAGACCUGAAGUCAGAGUCUGAAUUUUCAUGGCAACUAGAAAACAAAUUAUUUUUAAUAAUGCAGGUGUACAAGUAGCAUAGUACCUCUAGUCAGGGAACACGUUCAGCUUCUGUAUUCUCACACAAUUCCUAUACCACCUUUUUUGUGGAGCUUUCCAGUGCUCAACGGUAUUCCUAAACAUGGGAGGCAACUGCACAUGUGUUUAGACCGGUUAAGAGCAGACAAGGAAUAGUCUGUGCUUUGUCUUGUGACAGGCCGACAUUUGAGUCUAAAUAUUUCUUUCAUGAGAGCCUGAGAGUACAUUGCUUUUGCCUGGAAAUUCACAGGAGCUGGCAAAGUGAUUCAGGGGCUUUAGGGUUGAGUAUGCUUUGUAUAGAUUGGAACAACUUUUUACUUCUGAUUGAAUUGCUUUUUGUAUCAUCUGCAACAAUUGUUACACAGGCAAAACUGGAAUUACCAUGUGGUUUCUUUCCAGUUUACUUUGAAGUAAUGCUCUUAAGAUGUCCUUGAGUCUUAGGAGAAGAACACGGUGUCCGAUGAGUGAAAGGAACACUGUGCUGUUCCCCUUGUUUCUCAAAAACAGUGUGGCUACAUCUGUAAUGUAAAGAGCUCUUUCUUAAGUGAAGACAAAAUUUUAACUCUCCAGUGUAAGAAUGCAUAUACUUGUUGCAGUCCAAACUCUUCCGAAGGCAAAGUUAUUAAUCUAUACUGAAAGCUUUGUCACAAUAUUUUAAAUAGCUCAAAUUCUCUGCCAGGUGUUAGGGGUAGAACAGGGAGGGUUGUUACCUUAAUUUUAAUGAGGAUCAGAAACUUCUGUGUUUUCCCCACAAAUGUUUCAGAAACUAAAUGUAAUUUCAGUCUAGGUCAAUGUUGCUUUUUCUUGGUACCAGUAGAUAAUUGUGACUAAUAUUGGUUUAAAAAGCUAUACCUAAAAAAAAAUGGUUUAUGACUAGUUUUGGUACUAUAAAGGUUUCCACUCGAUCUCAAUUUAUAUGGAAAACUCAGUAAUUAGAACCUUCAGAAACCUGAAAAUCUGCACUGCUAGUUAUAUGCAGUUCCGAUGGAUGUAGCAAAUAAAAUAGCCACUGCAGUAAUUAAUUUCUAAUUAUCCAGUGUAUAAACACAAUGUACUGUGAUGAUCACUAAGCAGAGAGAUAUUGCAGACUCAAAAUGAUCCGUAAAUCCACUCCACAUAUAUCAAAAAAAUGUAAGUAGUUACAGCAUUCCAGUGUCCAUCUCUCCCUCUCUCCUGUUCUUGCUUUUCUCGGGGCAAAGUGUCUAUACCAGUAUUACAACAGCAGUUUUGGACUUCAUGUCCUAAUGAAUUAUGUCUAUAUUCAGGUAUUGUCAUAAAAAAACUUCAUAUUAAGAGAGCUUUAUUUAAUCCUCACAAAAAUCUCUUAGCCUGGUUGCAAAAUCAAUUUUCCUGGGUGACCUACUAGAAGGAAGGUUAUUUUUUGGCCUGUCUGGGGCAUUUCAUUCACCUUCUUAACAACAAAAAAAAAAAUAUAUCCCCAAAUCCCCACCCCUACCCCUGUGCUUGUCUCUACUGAAUUGGUAAGUAUAAUUCAGAAGGACUCAAGAUGAUACUCUAUUUUAUGGAGCAGGGAUUAGGACACAGUCUUCAUUCUGACUGGAGCAGGAAAAGUUACUGUCAGAAAACAAUUUCUGUGGUCAUCACAUAGUACAGUCUAACUUCAUGUUUUUUCCUAUUCAGAAAUAAUGAAGACACUACUACAGCUACUAAUACAGUUUCUCAACUACUUGGUGCUACAUUUCUCAAAUAUUUUUGCAGAUAAUAUUUUUUAUGCCUGCAUGAAAGCACGUAAACUUUACUGUCACUAUAAAAAGCACUUGUCUGACCUAUUCUAAAGUACCAGAAAAGGGAUAAAUAACUGCAGCACUUUUUCUGUUACAAUGCCAGAGUCUUAAUUAAAUCUGGUCUUCAGGUUAUGAGAUAUUUUAAAUGUACAAUCUAGGAUCAUUAAUGGCUUUUCAGGUCAGAUCAUAAGUUCUCUUGGGAUACUAAUCUGUCUUUUAAAGACUAGUACAACAAAAUAUUCUGAGGUUCAGGCGGGGGAUGUAUAUAUACAUGCCUGAUAUUUUAAACUAAUCAUUUCAAUAGACCAUUUCAGGGCUUGACCUUUGGAAUCUGGGAUGAUAGGUAGGGAAAGGGAAGUUUCCCUAAACUGAAAAAACAUUUUGGACCAUUGUUUAAUGUUCAGUUUGAAAACUAUAUCACAAGAAAAAUGGGUAGGGAUUCUUUCUCCCUUAUGCCUUCAGGGAAUGAGUAGUAUUUAGAAUCUCUGGCUGAAAUUCAAGCCUUUUUACCAUGUAAAUUUUUAAUAUAAACUCAUUGACAUGCUUUUUACAUCCAAGGACUGAAAAUGGAUCUUAAUGUUUAAGUUGUGGAAUGGUAUAUUUCUUAAAUGAAGGGGGAACAUUUAAAAAAAAAAAUAGAUUAGAAUACCAGCAUUAGUGAGCUUAAGGAAUUUUAGUAUGUAAUAGCAAAGUAUAGCAAAGUAUUUGAUUAAAAAAAUAAUCUUGAAUUGCUAGUCUGUAACUAGGUGCAUUCUAAUUUAGCAGGUGAAUAUUCUUUACUUAUCGAUAUAUGAUGGGCUUUUUGCAAAUAGAAACCUUUAUCUGAGUCCCAUGUGUUGCUUGUACUGAUGGGAUGUAUGCUUACAGCAGCUUACUGCUGCUUUAAAAUGUAUAAAAUAUGUUUUGAGUGUUUGCUCAUAACUCUUUCUAACCUCCACUUGUUAAAUUGUCAGACAUUGGUAUUUUAUCAGUCCGCAAUGUAAGUUUAAACUAAUGUUCUUAGGAAUCCAACUUGUACACACACUGUUUAAAAACCCUCAGGGACAGUUUACACACUAUCCUCACUCAAUUCAGGUACUUGUACUCUCUUCUUAAACCUAGCAGUGACUUGUAUUUUGUUUUGCUUUUCUUUUGACGUGCUGAUAGCACAUCCUUGAUGAAUGUCAACUUAAAACUCAGUUCAGGUAUCCAGGUAUAACUCAGCCAAACGGAUUUUAAAGCUGCAUAUUUACUCUCCAGCACACAGUGCCUCAGACACUUAUAGUGGCAUUCUGUAUAUUCAGUUAUUACUACUGAGCAGAUCGCGUGGGGGUUCCUGGUAUGUAUUGUAAGAAAUUCCUAUGUAUAUUAUAUAAUAUGUAUUAUAUUAUAUACAUAUAUAGUAUAUAUGUUAUCUUAAACUUAUAUAUUUUAAAAUGCCACUACUAGCCAGCGCAGCUAAAAAUGAAACACAUUCCCAACUGCUUCUGCCAACGGCAGCAGCAGCUUCUUAACGUGGCUCUUGCUUCUCUCUCACCAUAACUACUUCUAACCUCAAGCACGGGUCCUUGGCUGUCUGACCUCUACACUCUAGUUAUGCAAUGUCCUUAGAGAAUUCUGUGCACUGGCCACUGUGAUGGAAACCAAUGGGCCGGGAGUGCUUUGAGUUUAUUAGUAAUUGUUCUGCCAAAGUUGGUGUUUGUAUGACAAGCGUGUAAACCUGUCAGAUAAUCAGCAGAGGUCCAAGUGUGCGUAGUUGCUUCCACCUAAUUGGUAGGGCCAGACCCUCAGCAGGUGUCUCCUCUCUAAUGCUGAGCAUGAAUUCAGCACGUGUUGGCACUGAACAUCUGUAGUGACGGGGCCUCUGUGCUGCGCUCGCGAGGAGGCGAAACUUUAAAGAAAAAUCUGCUGUUCUGCUCUUGCAGUGAUCUGUUGGCAGUCACAAGUCAGCAACACCUCUGCUUUAUUAUUUGACACUUUACAUCUAAAAAGUCUUCUCUUUCUAUUUAUGUAACCCAUAGUCUUUGAAGAGUAUGGAAAAUGGCAUUUCUCUCUGACCUCUAGAAGUUCAAGUGUCAUGGGAAAAAAAAAAAAAAAAAACAGGAACCCCCCCCUUUACUCUUAUGGACCUCAUUUCAAUAUACUGUUUACAGUUUGACGGAAUUGUAUAAUUUAAUAUUUCUCUUGUACUGUAGUUUAUAUUUAUUUACAGAUUUUUUUUGUACUGUGUGAUUUGAAUUUUUUGUUCCUUGCUAUGAUCAAUGUUUUAUGUAGUAGAGCACUUAUGAUCACAAAUUAAGGUUUUUGGUUUGAUUGCACUACAUUAAUUUUUUUUAAUGCAGUUCUGAUUUUUUGACUGGACUAAAUAAGCUGUGUCUUAAUGUAUGUGAUAAGUACUUUAAAAUUUUUAUUUCAUGUGGUCCAUUUAUUUUUUGCAUUGUAUGUCAAAGCGCUAAUUCUCUUGUUGUGCAUGUGUAAGAUUUAAUGGCUCCAUUGUAUUAUUUGACCAUGUCAUUUUGGAAACACAUUCCCAGCUGUAACGUUGUGUAUGGUAGUUUUCACUGGAUGCUAGACUUUUCAAAACCACUAUUCUUCUAAUAAAUUUUGUUGUGAAAAACUUUAA